GUGUAAAAACAUAAGAUAAUAAAAAGAUGGGUGAUCAAUACUAAAAAUCCAAUUUUCAGGUGCUUGAUCGACUUCCUUGUUAUGUGUAGAUUACUGACCUUGGAAUGGCCAAACAGCUGCACAGUGAUGGUGGGAUGGGCAGUAGUUGCUCAAGUUCUCCUGCUAGAAUGCAAGGUACCUUUGGGUAUUUUGCACCAGAAUAUGCCAUUGUCGGCCGAGCUUCUCUCAAAUCAGAUGUGUUCAGUUUUGGCGUAGUGCUUCUUGAACUGAUCACCGGACGCCAUCCCAUUCAGAGGUCCGUGAGCAAAGGCAGGGAAGAAAGCCUUGUAGUAUGGGCAACUCCUCGUCUGCAAGACAGUAAGCUAGUGAUUUCAGAGUUGCCAGACCCGAAUAUGAAAGGGGCUUUUGAGGAAGAAGAGAUGCAGGUGAUGGCUUACUUGGCAAAGGAGUGUCUGCUCCUCGACCCUGAUUCUCGGCCAACAAUGUCUGAGGUUGUCCAAAUCAUCUCGACCAUAGCUCCAGAGAAAUCUAAGAGGAACAACCUUCUGCAGGGACACAACUUUAAGAGAUCAUUGAGCCAUAGCAUUGAACGCCGUGGAAGAAGAGUUCUCAACCCAACUGCACAAGAAGAGAUAAAGCACAUUGCUAACUGUGAGAAACAUGAUGAUCACAAUGUUGAGAUUAACGAGAAUGAAGAGGUGGGUUCAGAUCAGACAAAGCAGGAAGAAAGAGUAAUUGUCACUUUCCCAUCAAAGGAUAAUAAAAGAUGGCGUCCUCAAGAUGAUGCAGCCGUGGACUUGAUUGAGCCGCGGUUUGAAUCAUUUCAUGUGCCAAGUAUUGUAUGACUUGAAGAGUAGAAAAUGACAUAAAAAGUAUAGAAGAUGAACACAUGCAUGGUUGGUGACUGGCGUUUAUUUAUCAGGAGGAGGAGCCUUUGUAGAGGUGUUUUUUAAUGUUGAAAUUUUAACCUCAUAUGUAAAUAUCAUCAUAGAAGAACUGUAUUCCACAUCGAAUGUUGAGUAAGAUGAUAAUAGGUUUAUAAGCUCUUGAGUUAAACUAGUAAUUGAUUGAAUUCAAUUUUUGUAAUGUGGUUCAGUCCAAGUGUCUUAUGUUCC